AUGACUAUCCUUCACAUUCGAGCAGCGACUCCAUAUGAGCAGGGAGCCAAUGCGACGGACGUGAUCGUCAACGAGGUUCAUUUCAACCGAACGACGUUGGACUUGUACAAGUACACGCUAUACAGCAACGGCACACUCUCCAAUGGCACCGACUGCUAUCUUGCUUUCCAAGAGUUCCAACCUCGCAUGGACGAGAACGGCACCUUUGUCAACGGUAUCUCCUGCUACGCGCCCGUCCAUGGCAUAGGCCUACAUGCCUCGAUCGGGAUGGCGUUCACCGCGUUCUUUGCUGUCUCCAUGUUUCUCACCAUGCUCAAUCUGCGAAAACACGGAUGCAAGUAUCUACCUGGUCGCACGAUGGGCCGUCGACUCAAGUGGCUGUGGCUGCUGUUCGUCGCUGCCUGCGGACUGAUCAGCUGCCUCAUGACCGUGGACGUAGACCGCAGCCAUAUUCAGGGAACAUCAUUGGUCCUGCAGAGUGUCUUUUACACCCUGAUGACCCCAGGCCUCAUGGCGGCAGUCUGGGAGGCCGUGCGACACUGGGGCUCCUGGCAAGAACGCCAGAUCCUCGACCGCGACCCCUACGCCUUCACAAAACGCAGCAGCCGACGCCGCCAGGAAUCCUUCCUCCCCAUCCUUUUCUACGCCUUCGCCCUCGCCAACUUCUUCCUAACCAUCCCACGCAGCUGGACCGGCAUCGAGCUGCAGCGCAGCCCGGAGCUCACCGCGCUGCGCGCCCAGCCCCUCGCCACAGACCUCCGCUUCAAGCUCGCAGCCUUCAUGUCCCUGGCCGGCACGCUAGUCAUCUGCUACAGCCUCGAGCACAGCAUCUACCGAUACCGAGCAGCGCCCACCAGCCCCCUCUCCCAAGCAACCUUCUACCUCACCGCCAGCCCCCCGGAGUUCCUCCUCGCCCUCGCCCUCCUCGGUCUCAAAACCGGCUACGCCAUCGCCGCCGCCUUCGACUGGUCCGUCUCCCCGCUGCGCGUGGCAGUUAGCCAGGGCUGGCUCUACGGCCUCGGCUUCGCCCCCGCCCUACUUAUCAUCUUGCUCUUCAACGCAGUCGGCUUUGGCGAGCUCAACGAGGAUAAAGCCCUUAUCGUCCAGCGAGGGGAGCUCGACUCCGCGCUCGCCUCCGACGCCGAUCUCCUUGGUCGCAAGCGCUGGUGGAAAUCGCGCUGGCCGCGCGGCAGCAACCGUGGCCGCUCCCGCUCCCGCUCCUCGUCUCGCGAGCAGUUGGAUCGCUACGUCGAGAUGGGGAUUCUCGCUCCGCAUGGGAAGGGAGAUGGCGAGGAUAAAGACGGCUCUGCGGCGGCGGCGGCAGCAGCAGCAGCGCCGACGGUCACGACGCGGACGGCGAGUGAUGCCUCUAGCUCGUCGGAAAGUGGUUUCGUGACCGUUACUGUCGCGUCGCCGGGACAGCAGGAGGAUUAA